CUGAGGUGGUAGACACUGAAAGCUGUGGCUGGGGAGCUCAAAACUGAUUUUUACCUCCCUCUGAGGAAGAAAACAGGCCUGGCCCCAAAACACUCAAGACCUUGCUCAGAACAGUCUUAAAUUCUUACCUCUACCAGCAGCUGCUUCUCAAGCCCUGAGGAUUUCACUGAGCCAAUUUAAUGCUGGUGGUCAGACAGUUUAAACCCAUUAGCUCCCAGCUAUCUGAGUAAAUUUUCUGCUCCGAGCCCGGCAUUCCAACAGACUACUCCAGCCAGAACUACAGAGAGCCCCCACAGUAAUCGGACAUUUGAUAGCUGUUGUGGCCUGUGUGGUGAGUGUUAAAGGGCUGAAGAAAAUGCCACUGGCUAGAUCACUGUCUAUGACCUCUCUUAAUGGUCUUCCUCAGUGGGAGGAUGAAGACCUGCCAGUCGAGGAUUUGCUGCUCUUUGAGGUUUCUUGGGAAGUUACCAACAAAGUGGGAGGCAUUUACACUGUGAUCCAGACAAAAGCCAAAAUUACUGCAGAUGAAUGGGGUGAAAACUAUUUCCUGAUUGGUCCCUAUUUUGAGCACAAUGUGAAGACUCAGGUAGAAGCCUGUGAGCCUCCAAACCCCGCAGUUAAGAAGGCAAUGGACACUAUAAAAGGCCAAGGGUGUCAGGUCUUUUUUGGAAGAUGGCUGAUAGAAGGCACCCCAUAUGUCUUAUUGUUUGAUAUAGGAUCAGCAGCCUGGAAUCUGGACAGAUGGAAAGGCGAAUUUUGGGAUGCUAGCAACAUAGGGAUCCCUUUUCAUGACCGAGAAGCCAACGAUGCUGUGAUUCUUGGAUCAUUAACAGCCUGGUUUUUAAAAGAGCUUUCCUGUCAGUUUGAUGACAAGCCCAACAUAAUUGCCCACUUUCAUGAGUGGCAAGCAGGAGUGGGUUUAAUCCUCACUCGAUCUCAGAAACUUCCUGUCGCCACAAUUUUUACUACCCAUGCCACUCUUCUUGGAAGGUAUCUGUGUGCAGCCAGUAUAGAUUUCUACAACAAUCUUGACCAGUUUGACAUUGACAAGGAAGCAGGAGAGAGGCAGAUUUACCAUCGUUACUGUAUGGAACGGGCAUCUGUACAUUGUGCCCAUGUGUUCACCACAGUCUCACAGAUAACAGCUAUAGAAGCAGAACACAUGCUUAAAAGAAAUCCUGAUGUUGUCACCCCAAAUGGCUUGAACAUUAAGAAAUUUUCAGCGAUGCAUGAGUUUCAGAACUUGCAUUCCAUGUACAAGGCUAGGAUCCAAGAGUUCAUUCGAGGUCAUUUCUAUGGCCACCUUGACUUCAGUCUUGAAAAAACCUUGUUUUUCUUCAUUGCUGGAAGGUAUGAGUUUUCCAACAAAGGAGCUGAUAUGUUUCUAGAGGCCUUAUCAAGAUUAAACUUUCUGCUGAGGGUUCAUAAGAGCGAUGUUACAGUUGUUGUGUUCUUCAUCAUGCCAGCAAAGACAAACAAUUUCAAUGUGGAAACCCUGAAAGGACAAGCAGUCCGGAAGCAGCUCUGGGAUACUGCACAAUCUGUGAAAGAAAAAUUUGGAAAGAAACUCUACAAUGCCUUGUUAAAAGGAGAAAUUCCAGACUUGAACAAGAUUCUUGACCGGGAUGAUAUAACCAUUAUGAAAAGAGCCAUCUUUUCAACUCAGCGACACUGCCUGCCUCCAGUGACCACCCACAACAUGAUUGAUGAUGGCAACGAUCCAAUCCUCAAUACCAUCCGACGCAUUGGCCUUUUCAACAAUCGGACAGACAGAGUAAAGGUGAUCCUACAUCCAGAGUUCCUUUCUUCAACAAGUCCAUUGCUGCCCUUGGAUUACGAAGAGUUUGUCAGAGGCUGCCACCUUGGUGUAUUUCCAUCAUACUAUGAACCGUGGGGUUACACUCCAGCUGAAUGUACUGUGAUGGGCAUUCCCAGUGUGACCACAAACCUUUCUGGAUUUGGCUGUUUCAUGCAGGAGCAUGUUGCUGAUCCAGCUGCUUAUGGCAUUUACAUAGUUGACAGGAGGUUCCGCUCUCCUGAUGAGUCAUGCAACCAACUGACUCAGAUCCUGUAUGGAUUUUGCCAGCAGUCCCGUCGCCAGAGAAUCAUCCAAAGAAACCGAACCGAGAGGCUUUCAGACCUGUUGGACUGGAGAUACUUAGGCAGGUAUUACAUGCAUGCCAGACACUUGGCCCUCAGCAGAGCAUUCCCUGACAAAUUUGAAAUGGAACCAAGUGCUCCACCAAAGACGGAAGGUUUCAGGUACCCCAGGCCUUCGUCAGUGCCACCAUCACCCUCUGUCUCUCAGCAUUCCAGCCCUCACCAUAGCGAAGAGGAAGAUGAAGAUGAGGAUGAAAGAUAUGAUGAGGAUGAGGAAGCUGAAAGGGAUAGGCAAAACAUCAAGUCUCCCUUUUCCCUUGGAGUAUUGCCGCAAGGAAAGAAGCAGCAGCAUGGAGAAUACAGGAACUGAAUUCAUUGCUCUCACCCUGGCAGGGUCUCCAUCCACUCAACAAUUUCUCC